CACGCGCAGAGAGUGCCCACCUGACGAGAGCAGCGCGACAUCCACAGCCGCACGAUGCACGGGGGGAAGAGAGGACUGGUGGCACCGCAAAACACUUUUCUGGAGAAUAUCGUGAGACGCUCGAGUGAGACAAGUUUCCUGCUGGGGAACGCUCAGAUUGUGGACUGGCCUGUAGUUUACAGUAAUGACGGCUUCUGCAAGCUGUCUGGAUACCACAGAGCAGAGGUCAUGCAGAAAAGCAGCACAUGCAGUUUUAUGUAUGGGGAGCUGACAGAAAUGAAGACCAUAGAAAAGGUGAGACAGGCCUUUGACAACUAUGAGUCAAACUGCUUUGAAGUGCUGCUGUACAGAAAGAACAGAACUCCGGUGUGGUUCUAUAUGCAGAUUGCACCAAUCCGAAAUGAAAAUGACAAAGUAGUUCUGUUCCUGUGUACAUUUAAGGACAUUACCAUCUUCAAACAGCCUAUUGAAGAUGAAAGCACCAGGGGUUGGACCAAAUUUGCACGUUUGACUCGAGCUUUGACCAACAGCAAAAGCACCAUUCAGCAGCUUACGCCCGUAAGCAGAACCGAUGUCACCUCGCACAAACCCUCCAGACUUGCAGAGGUGCUUCAGCUCGGCUCUGAUAUACUUCCUCAAUAUAAGCAGGAAGCCCCUAAGACACCCCCUCACAUCAUCUUGCACUACUGCACCUUUAAGACCACUUGGGAUUGGGUGAUCCUCAUUCUGACCUUCUACACAGCCAUCAUGGUUCCUUACAAUGUCUCAUUUAAGACCAAGCAGAAUAACGUCACCUGGCUAGUUCUGGACAGCGUGGUGGACGUCAUCUUCCUGGUGGACAUCGUCCUCAACUUCCACACCACUUUUGUUGGUCCGGGAGGAGAGGUGAUCUCUGACCCCAAGCUGAUCAGGAUGAACUACUUGAAGACCUGGUUCGUUAUAGACCUGCUGUCCUGUCUGCCCUAUGACAUCAUCAAUGCUUUUGAAAAUGUGGAUGAGGGCAUCAGCAGCUUGUUCAGUUCUCUGAAGGUAGUUCGACUGCUACGCUUGGGUCGUGUUGCACGUAAACUGGACCACUAUCUAGAGUACGGUGCAGCUGUGCUCGUAUUAUUGGUUUGUGUGUUUGGACUGGUGGCCCACUGGCUUGCCUGUAUAUGGUACAGCAUUGGUGAUUAUGAGGUCAUCGAUGAACAUACAAAUACUAUCAAGACCGACAGCUGGCUCUACCAAUUAGCCACCAGCAUUGGAUCCCCUUACCGGUACAAUGCCAGUGGGACUGGCCAAUGGGAGGGCGGGCCUGGAAAAGACUCUCUGUACAUAACAUCACUGUAUUUCACCAUGACGAGCUUGACCACCAUUGGCUUUGGAAACAUUGCACCAACUACAGAUGGAGAGAAGAUCUUCUCUGUGGCCAUGAUGAUGGUUGGAUCUCUCCUUUAUGCCACCAUCUUCGGUAAUGUGACAACCAUUUUCCAGCAGAUGUAUGCAAACACCAACCGUUACCACGAAAUGCUGAAUAACGUACGAGAUUUCCUCAAGCUCUACCAGGUGCCCAAAGGGCUCAGCGAGAGAGUGAUGGACUACAUUGUCUCUACCUGGUCCAUGUCUAAAGGCAUUGACACAGAGAAGGUGCUCUCCAUCUGUCCUAAGGACAUGCGGGCAGAUAUCUGUGUGCACCUGAACAGGAAAGUGUUCAACGAGCAUCCUGCUUUUCGAUUGGCCAGUGACGGAUGUCUGCGCUCAUUGGCCGUGGAGUUCCAGACGAUACACUCUGCCCCUGGUGACCUCAUCUUCCAUUCAGGAGAAAGUGUGGACCUGCUGUGCUUCGUGGUGUCGGGGUCACUGGAGGUCAUACAGGAUGAUGAGGUCAUCGCUAUACUAGGUAAAGGGGACGUGUUUGGUGAUGUGUUUUGGAAGGAGACGACUCUGGCCCACUCUUGCGCGAAUGUUCGGGCGUUAACAUACUGUGAUCUUCACAUCAUAAAGAGGGAAGCCCUUCUGAAGGUGCUGGACUUCUACACUGCAUUUGCCAACUCCUUCUCCCGAAACCUUAUUCUCACCUGCAACCUGCGCAAAAGGUUUAUAUUCCGUAAGAUCAGUGAUGUGAAGAAAGAAGAGGAAGAGAGGCAGCGCUCCAAGAACGAGGUUCCCCUCACCAUUCCUGUGGACCACCCAGUCCGAAAACUUUUCCAGAAGUUUAAACAACAGAAAGAGCUCCGUAACCAGGGGGCUUCAGCCCAGCUCGACCUGGAGAACAAUCAGCAGCAUUUGCAUACUCAGUCGCAUGUACAUGCCGGCCAGAAGUCCACAUGUUCAACGCUGCAGAAACCUCAGAGUACCCUCAUGCAGAACUCUCCGCAUGCUGUUCAGAACGGGUCCACCAGCAGUGUGGUCACUAUCUCCCAGAUCACACCCAUCCAGAACUGUCUGGCCUACCCUAAACCGGGUGACCCCAUCAAGCAGAACAAUCGGGACAUCAUGGAACUCAAACCUGCUUGUGGUGACCAAGUUGCAAAUCAAUUUAAAGUCAAUAAUACAACAAGGGCCAAACCGGCAGGAACUACUUGUCGUUGGAUGAGAUUAAAAAACAACAUGGGUACCCUGAGUUCUCCUCCAGAGGAGAAGAAGGAGGGAUUAAACAAUGCUGCCAAAGCUGUGUCAGUGGAGCGUCUUUCUCCAGACAUCCAAGUCCAGAUAGAAAGUGUUGAGGAGGUUGAGGGAUCCCGAAAAAAUUAUCUCCGCAAAACAGACUCUUGGGAUAGUGGCUUGAGCGACCAGAGACUAGAUCGGGUUUCGGAACCACAGAGCCCCGUACCUGGAAUUGGUGUAGUAGAAGGACCAGCCUGUGAUUUGUUCCCCAGUAGCAACAUCUCAUUCCAGGCCUCACUGCAGGAGGCAAGGCUGGAUCUACGAGCAGAGAUCCAGGCUCUAAACGGGAGGAUGGCAACUUUAGAAGAACGGGUUGGAGAGAUCCUCAGGCUGCUGGUAGAGAGAUCAAAGGCCCAAUCUAGCCAAGACCCUUCUCCCAAAAAACACGGAUCCAAACUCAAAGCACAGGACAGCCUCCCAGGGUCAACACUCAGUACACCGGACUCUGAAAAGGAUGAGGGUUCACCAUAGGAGAGAGAAGACUGAAUUGUAAGCAGUCAGGAUGAAGCAUUUGUACCAUCACUGGGUUGUUUUGGAGUGUCCAAAUUUGGAGCAUCCAUUGAACACCUAAACCCCCAGUUGAAGCUUAUAGUGGAACCUCAACAUGGGAGCUUGUGUUGGUUUCUGGGGCAAAAUGGCUUCACGGUUUGGAGGCUAAAGCUUAGAACUUAACAUCUCUAACUGGAAUUGGUUUCUGUGGCUAAAUAGGUGCCAAGAACUCAGAGUACAGUGGCAUCUCCUGCUACACACAAAUUUUGAGCAGUUUUUAGUUUUAGUGCUCUAGUGUCGAAAUCGGCACAUUUCAACCUUUUGCACACAUACGGGAACUAUGGACAUUUUCAAAAAAAAAAUAUUUUUUUUUUGUAUAUUCUGCCUGUCCAGCUGGGUUCUGGCUUGCCAAAAAAUUUUAAAUCCAGAUGAUGUCUGUAAUAUUGACUUGAUAUAUAAAUGCUUGUAUAUUAUGCAGUUCACUGCAUGCAGAUCUAUUUAUUCUCACAGAAUGUUUUUUAUUGUUAACGUGUAAAUGUAAGAGAUUGUUGAUUGCCUUGAUAAUGGAAAUUUCAUAUUAAUAUACAUUCAGGUUUUUGACCAAAUGUAGCAUGACAAAUCACUGAGAAAGAAUGUGUUGUGAUAAUUACAUAUGCAUGAUUGAUAACACAGUACGCAAGAACUUGCCUUAAUAGACCUAAACUUUGCUCUUAAGAUAAAACCAAAAGAAGGAAAACUGCACUCAUCAGCAAUGUGAUAUUAUUUAAGAAUAAAAGACAGGGAUUUAUUUAAUUAUUCUAUUAGUCAGUCCUGCAAACAGAAUUUUUCAGAUACAGUAACAUCACAAAAUCUUUUUAGUUUUUCAUUGUUUGCUAAAUAUUGUAUAGAAGAUUUAUAGACAAACAGAUACAAAUUUUUAUAAGAAAAUUAUAAAAUAUUGGCUCUGUUCAUUAUUAAUUGUAACCUGAUUUACCACUGUACUUAUGGACUCCACACACAUCAGGCCAUAAAGGCCAUAGCAUGUACUUGUACAUGUACAUCACAGAACAAACUACAAAGUAAUA